CGGUAGUCCCGAACGUUAGUCGAUUUGUACGCGGUCUCGUCACUGUUUCUUUCGUUCGGUCAGUUCCCUCGGGAAAGUUUGCAAACAUUUCGCGAAAAAGCAACAUGAAGAAGACCAAGGACGUGUCGGACGAGGACGAAUAUUCCGCGGACGAUCCAGAAGAAAUGGAAGGAGCCUCAGAAGAAGAGUGGACUCCUGAGCCCGGAGCAGAGAGCGGCGCUAAGAAGAGGCCUCAAAGAGAAGUCGCCAAGAAGCGGCAACAUUCGGAAGAGGAAGAAGACGAAGAAGAGGAAGAGGAUGAGGAAGAAGACGAGGAAGAAGAUGACGAAUCUGAUUCUGACACAGGGAAGAAACCUAAAAAAAAACGGCGGUCGAAAAAAGAAGAAGAUGAAAAAGAAGAUGAAGACGAGGAGGAUUCUGACGAUAAUAGCUUCAACGAAUCGUCCGGAGAGACGCCGAAAGAUUUUACUUCUGGUGCAUUUGUCGUGUCGAAACUCGACAUUGGUGCAAGCACGGAACCAACGUUAUGGAGGAUAGAUGGGAAAGCUUUACUACAAAAGUUUUUGCCUUUUAAAGAAGAAGGAAAGACAUUGUACAAAAGCACGUCGAGUUAUUCUGGAUGGUCAGUGAAUAACAAAGACAAAUACUUGGCUGCGCAAGUAACUUUCAAAGUUCAAAGUAGAACAGAAACAAUCGUUGAACUUCAUCUUGAUCAGCAACAACAAGAAGUUGUAAAGGAAGAAAAAGAAGACUAAAUAUAAGAUCAAGAUUGGUCUUAUUUGUUUAUAUACGUUUUAAGGUAUGCUAAGAAAGAAUACAUUUACAUGUACACAAUAAACACUACACAAGCAUAUUGCGCAGACACAUAGGUGCAGUUUACAAAACGAUAUUCUAGCAGAUUCAUGUUUAAAAAUAAAAUUGAGUGGACCAUGGAACUCAGUUUCUCGCAGAAGGUAGCUUUACAUAUAAUUGAUGGAAUGUUCGAACGCGGAUACGUGCUCAAAUUGACGGUAAAGCUACCUACGAACCUGCGUUAUUAUCCAGUUAUAUAAAUGUACAAUAUCCACUCACAUCUUACAUUUUAUAUCUUCGACAUAAGUUUCGGCCCUUUUUACUCGGACUACAAAUUAUUUUUAAAACGAACCCAUGAUUUUUUCUUCUGGUAACAGCCGCAAUCUUGAUUUCAAAAUUGAAAUGGCCGUCUAUAGUACUUUAAAUAUUUAUAUCGUAUAGCGUUACUUUGAAUAAUGAAAUCUUGCAUUCUGUUUAGUCAACGAAAUGCAAAAUGGUUAGGUAUAGAAAUCAUAGUGUCUCAGUUACCGCUUAUCUUGUGUUCCUAUCAUUCUGUAAAUUCCUUGGAAAAUCAUGUUGUUUCCAAUCUUCUAUUUAAACCCGGAGCAAUUUUCGUUGUCGUAAAUGUGUAAUGUAUAAUGCAUUUAUGUUAGUAGCAAGAAUACGAUCGAGAAAUUAAAUUGUAUUGUUACGGAUCAUGUUCAAUGGUGUCAUAUGUUACUUCUAGUUUUAUGGACAUACAAAUUGUGGUUCGCAUA